AUGCUGGCACCAGUUUCGGCAGAAACUAUUACCAGAUUACUUAGAUCUAAAGAUGAAAAGCUCGACACUAUAGUAAAAUAUGCCAAUAAAGUGCUAGAUAAGAAAAGUUUUAAUAUCUAUUUCCCCAAAAGUGGAAUCUUUAUCUUGAAGCUACUAGUUGACCGUUUAAACGAUAGGUCGGCAAAUUCGAAAUUCAGCGAGUGGAAAUUUAGUGUGGAUGUGUGGGAUUUAUUCAUUAAAACGUGGCAAAGCUUAGGUGUCUCCGACGCCGAUUAUAAUGAUGUUCAUACUCGUGAUAGGAUUGUGCAAAGUUUGAAGAUUUUUGAGAUUACAACGCAAGUGUUGAACCAAAUUACACCAGAAACAGCCAAUUGUCUACCAAAAAUUCUUGAUGCCUUGAACAUGCUAAUGAACUACACGUAUGUGGAAGUGGAUGAACCUACGGGAUUUUUCUUACUAAAGGGAUACCUAUCAGCUCUUGUUGGGAAAACAGUUUUUCGAGAUAUAGAUGCUUGGUCGCAGUUGGUGGUGAGAAUUUAUCUUGGUUCUUGUCUGAGGUUGGGAUACGAAGGCUCUAAAAAACUGUACAAUAAAUUUUUUGAAGAGUGUCUUUUGCCGUUAAUUGAGGUAGUGGUGGUGGUGGAGUUGUCAUCAUCAUCAUCUCCAGGCAAGCUCAGCUCGACUUCAAAACUGGUGCUCAAGUCACUUCUUGUUGAGAAAAUCUUUGCUCCAGAAUAUGUUGAUCGAAUACCAGUUAAUCUCGAAAAGCUAUUAUCCAAACAUCUGGCAGGCCUUGACCUGAAAGCAGUUUUAUAUCUCUAUGCUCUCGUGGUUGAGCACCUAGCAUCAAAGAGUAUAAAAGAAUGUGAACAAAUUUACGUGUUACUAUCUUCCAAGUAUAAACACCUAUCAGAAGACAUGUUGGGUAUAUUGGUGAAUUCGAAAAAACCAAUAUCCCUGGAUUUCACAAGUGCUAUAUACAAAUCGGAGAUAGCCGACAAAAAAUUCAUCGAUUUGAACUGGAGUAUGGUCAAAUACAUUUUUGAGGUUGACAGUGAACUUGCAACUAAAAAAUCAAAGUUCAUUUUUGAAAAAUACAAUUCCGCAUUUAAGCUAGAUGAUCAAGUACUAGCAGUAGGGAAAGUCGUUGUAGAUGCAUAUGUAGAGAAUAGGGAGUUAUUUGAGUUUUUCACCAAGGUUUGGCCAAAAGCCAUAAAGAAGGAUGAGGUAUGGGAAAGUGAUGAAUUUGUCAGCAAGGUUGCUACCACAAUACUGUCCUUAUCGGGAAAGCAGCUUUCUCUCAUAAUAGAGGAAUCUUUCAAAUUGGAUACAAUUGAUAUGAAACCAAUUCUCACAGCAAUCACGAGUGGAAUGAUGAUGAUGAAAUGCACCUGGAAAAUAAUAGACUACUCAAAGGAUGUUUUUCUUCGAAACGAAAAUGUUAUUAACCUCCAAAGUGAUUUUUGGCAAGUGCGGUACAACUUGCUUUGUUUGUACGGUUUACAAUUUAAAAUACCCGAAAGUAUUCUUAACCUGGAGGAUGAUUUAUACUUUUACUAUACAAUUCUCAGGCUUGUUGAAUUAGGAAAAGUUGAGGAAGUCACAGAUAGUCAGCAGUUUCAAAUUGUGCGUUUUAUGUCAGCACUCCAAACUCUUGAUACUAGUGCCGUUGUUGGUGCUUUUAAAAGAUGGUUUGUUAUAUUUAAUGACUUUUUUAGCGCUGAAAACGUGGACAAAUUGAUUUUAUUAGCAAUGAACUCGCAAGCUUUAAAGGAUAUUCCAAAUGAAUUUUUUGAACAACGUAGACUAGUAUCGGCAACAAUUAGGCAUUUGGUUGAGACCCCAAUCCCUAAUGAUGAGCUCAUAAGACAAAUUCCUUUAGCUUGUUAUACAAAGGGGCUGAAAAGAGAAAUACUAGACAAAGCCACCAAAGUAUUUAUUCAAAAUCCUUCAGUGGGCUGGGCUAAGAGCAUUAAGUACUUGUUGAGCAUACCUUCUUAUCAGUCUCUUAUCGAGCUGGAUUUCAGUAUAUUAUUGCAAGUUAUUGAACGAUCAAGCGGUGAGUGGGAGUUAUUGAUUUCGGAGAUAACUUAUUUGGUAUGGACUUCAAAUUUGAACCAACGACAAAAUGGUGAGCCUACUACCUACGUUAUAGAUGUUAUAAUGAGACUAACUAGCGUUCUUAACUCAACAAUGAUGGACCCAAGAUCUCCAGAGAUUCAACUUGCCCUAGUAAUAUCAGGAUGCAUUGCGGAAACUCCAUUACCAUUGCAGCAGAAAGUCAUUGAGCUACACAAUGAGCUUUUGUUACAUUGCACAACUGUGUUGAAAAGCUCAACCAUAAAAUAUGAUGACACUACUAUGGUUUGGUACUUGCAAGCGCUCGCAUCAAGAGUUGACCCGCUGGAACUGUCAUUUGCUCAAGUGCAAGAAAUUGUGAAAAACAUCAACUUGGAGAAAACAAAAAAUGAUUGCAUAAGGCUGGCGAUAUUCAAGCUUGUGGGUAGGGCAAUACCUGUUAGCUUUAAUCAUGCGAUAUACUUAUUGGCUCUAUAUAUGGCAACAACAACAACAACAACAAAGCUGAAUAAAACUGCCGAGUUUCAAGAAUUAUCACAUUAUUUGGAGAGAGUAGCCCGUGAUGAUUUGGAGGUGCACACGGAUGUGUUUAGAAAUUUCAUUGGGUCUGCUAUGGCCUCAGAAAGCAACGAGUUUGUAAAUGACUUGAUCAUGAUUGCUUGUUCGUUCCUAUCAACACUUACAAAAGACACAGAUUCUAAAACAAGUGCUAGCUUAUUUUCGUUUUUGGUGAACGUUAAAGGGAAAAAUGUGGAUUUUGGUACAGCCAUAACGCUUUUGGAAACAGUCAAGACUGCACUCAUUACAAAAUCGGGUAUUUUUACUCAAUAUAUACUUGAAUUGACAUUAAACAUCACGAAUCACAUAUUUGCAGUGCUAUGUUUCACAGAUAUCAAACAACUUGAAAAAGUCUAUAUCACCGCGACACAAGUCAUAUCGUGCAUCUUGUUAUACCAUCGCUAUAAAUUAUCUACACGUCAUCACCUCCUUAUUAGCAUAAUGUCUUCAUUUUUGAAUCGUUUAAGUAUGCAGUCACCUUGGAAAAAUAGUGUCGAGGCUGCAAGUUCGUACGCAAGAUUAUUGAACAAUAUCUGUGAGCCUUCGGAACGAAUUAGGGAUUCUUCUUCCUCCCCAACGUCCUCUUUCUCCUCCUCCACAGCUACCACCACGGCACAUUUAACCACUUCUGCAAACUUGUACAAAAAAUCAUUGAGAAAGCACCUAUCAGUAUUGAUGAGUAAUUACGUUUACUUUCAUUUGAAGUUCAAUUAUAGCAAGCAGGUAAAUGAUGUUUUGACUGAGGGCAUAUACAGCAUGUUUAACAUCCUAUCUCAGAAUGAGCUUGAAACCAUUAAUGCGUCCCUUGAUUAUGCCGGAAAGGCUUUGUUUAAAAGUUUGUACAAUAGUUACAAGGAUCAUGGAAAAUGGAAAGCCUAA